GCAGCGAUGGAGUCCUGCCUUGUUCCCGCCAAUUCUCGUGUCAGUCCUGUCCGGGUCUAGUUCCUUACUUCAUGGAGCCAUUUGAUCCCGCGGAGCUGCCGGAGCUACUCAAGCUUUAUUACCGAAGGCUCUUUCCCUACGCCCAGUAUUAUCGCUGGCUCAACUAUGGCGGAGUGACAAAGAAUUACUUUCAACACCGUGAAUUUUCAUUCACACUGAAAGAUGAUAUUUACAUUCGCUACCAGUCCUUCAACAACCAGAGUGAACUGGAGAAGGAGAUGCAGAAAAUGAAUCCAUAUAAGAUUGAUAUAGGCGCAGUAUAUUCUCACAGACCCAAUCAACACAACACAGUGAAGCUGGGAGCUUUCCAGGCCCAGGAGAAAGAACUGGUCUUUGACAUCGACAUGACAGACUACGAUGACGUAAGGAGAUGCUGCAGUUCCGCAGAUAUAUGUUCCAAGUGCUGGACUCUCAUGACAAUGGCCAUGCGCAUCAUAGACCGGGCAUUGAAGGAGGACUUUGGAUUUAAGCACCGCCUCUGGGUCUAUUCAGGAAGGAGAGGUGUGCACUGUUGGGUCUGUGAUGAAUCCGUUCGAAAGCUGUCCUCUGCUGUGCGCUCCGGGAUUGUGGAGUACCUGAGUCUUGUAAAGGGUGGUCAAGAUGUUAAAAAGAAAGUUCACCUAAAUGAGAAAGUUCAUCCUUUUGUCAGAAAAUCUAUAAACAUAAUUAAAAAGUACUUUGAAGAAUAUGCCUUAGUCGGCCAAGAUAUUCUUGAAAAUAAAGAAAACUGGGAUAAGAUUUUAGCCCUUGUUCCUGAGACAAUUCAUGAUGAGCUGCAAAGAGGGUUUCAGAAGUUCCACAGUUCACCUCAGCGCUGGGAACACCUGAGGAAAGUGGCCAACUCAUCUCAGAAUAUGAAGAACGAUAAGUGCGGCCCCUGGCUGGAGUGGGAGGUCAUGCUCCAGUACUGUUUCCCACGCCUGGAUGUCAACGUCAGCAAGGGAAUCAAUCACUUACUGAAGAGCCCUUUCAGUGUUCAUCCCAAGACAGGUCGGAUUUCUGUGCCUAUCGAUUUUCAUAAAGUGGAUCAAUUUGAUCCAUUUACUGUUCCAACUAUAAGUGCCAUCUGCCGGGAAUUGGAUAUGGUUUCCACUCAUGAGAAGGAAAAGGAGGAGAAUGAAGCUGACGGUAGACACAGAGUCAGAGAUUAUAAGAAGACCAGUCUAGCACCAUAUGUGAAAGUAUUUGAACAGUUUCUUGAAAACCUGGACAAAUCCCGGAAAGGGGAACUUCUCAAGAAGAGUGAUUUACAAAAAGAUUUCUGAAGAAAACAGCUCCCAUCAAACCAACGUGAAUGCCUUCUACCUUCAACCAUGGAGCAUUUAAUAAAUACAGUAGAAUCA